GUCACAUGACUGUCGUUUCCUUUCCCAUUGGAGCCCCGGCUCACCUUAUUUCUUUACACUCGGUCGGAGACGUUGUUUAUCACGGGGUUUGUUGAAAGGUCUGAGUGGAGUGAAGUAAGACACAAGAACUAGAAGAAGAAGAAGAAGAAGAAGAAGAAGUAGGAGUAGAGGAAGAAGAGGAGGAAGAACGAGAUAAGAGCAGAGAUUUGGAGUUGAGGACUUGAGCGCAUCCUCAUCCGUCUUCCUUCCUGAGAGCAAGUCACUGAAUCUCAGAAUGCAUUUGGCGGUGCUUCUGUUUGUCUCUGCGCUCUCUGCGGCCACCUUCGCCCUCGACAAUGGAGUGAUGAGGACGCCUCCCAUGGGCUGGUUGGCGUGGGAACGAUUCCGCUGUGACAUUGACUGUGAGCACGACCCCAAGAACUGCAUCAGUGAGAAUCUGUUCAUCGACAUGGCAGACAGGCUGGCAGAGGACGGCUGGAGAGAACUUGGCUACGUUUAUGUGAACAUAGAUGACUGCUGGUCCUCCAUGAAGAGAGACGAGAAGGGACGGCUACAGGCUGACCCGAAAAGGUUCCCAGGAGGCAUCCUUAAACUGUCGCGCUACUUGCACGACAGGGGUCUCAAGCUGGGCAUCUACGGAGACAUGGGUACACACACCUGCGGGGGCUACCCCGGCACAACACUGGACAAGAUCGAGCUCGACGCUCAGACCUUCGCCGACUGGGAGGUGGACAUGUUUAAAUUUGACGGCUGUUAUUCUAAUGCCACAGAGCAAGAGCAGGGUUACCCUCUCAUGUCAAAGGCUUUAAAUGCUACGGGCCGUCCCAUCGGCUACUCCUGCAGUUGGCCUGCCUACCAGGGUGGCCUGCCACCUAAGGUAAACUACACUCAGUUGGGAGAGAUCUGCAACCUGUGGCGUAACUAUGGCGACAUUCAGGACUCUUGGGCCAGUGUCCUGAGCAUUAGUGACUGGUUCUUUGAAAACCAGGAUGUCCUGAUACCUGCAGCUGGACCUGGAAAGUGGAACGACCCUGAUAUGCUGAUUGCUGGCGACUUUGGCCUCAGCAUGGAACAGUCUCGGUCUCAGAUGGCUCUGUGGGCGAUUAUGGCUGCACCUCUCUUCAUGUCCAAUGACCUGCGCACCAUCAGCAGCGGGGCCCGCAGCAUCCUGCAGAACAAAGUGGCCAUCGGCAUCAACCAGGACCCCAUGGGCAUCCAGGGAAGGCGCAUUGUAAAGGAGAAGAAUGGCAUUGAAGUGUUCCGGCGCCCUCUGUCUAACAAUGCGAGUGCAUUGGUAUUCUUCAGUCGUCGUACUGACAUGCCCUACCGCUACCAGACUAGCCUCAGCAAAUUCAACUACACCACCGGCAGCUACAAGAUCUAUGAUGUCUUCACUGAGAAGACCGCGAUGCUGAAAGACUCCACUGACUUUGUGGUGUCAGUGAACCCCACAGGUGUGGUCAUGUGGUAUGUGUCCGCACCCGCCAAACUGAACCUCCGCCAGUUCUAUAGAAACGGCAGACUCCAGGGAUCUGCCUUGGAUAAUGAUGAGAACGCCAUUCCUCGUGACUUCCUCUGAUCGCUCACUGAUUGAACUUUAUCACGAAAUAAUCACAGCACUGCUUCUGCCUCAGUGCGGUGGCUCUUGAUGAAGCGUUUACUGACAAGACCUCACACGUACAUCGUUAGGUGCUCAAAGGACUUCUUAAGAACCACUUAACGGUGACGUGCCAAUGAAUGCCAAUAAAUUAUGUCAUCUUAAAAGGCAAUAUCUAUUCCAAGUAAGGAAAUCACUUUAAGCUCAGGGGCAGCAAUUUUGCAUCUGGAUAAUCUAAAAUUCUUCACUUGAUUCUUUUUCUCAAAUUCUGCUCUUGCAGUUUUAAUACUGAUCAGGCGAAAAGGUCCAAAGCAAAGCACACUUCAUAUGAUGGUGAGAAAAGCAGUGAUUUUGGACACAUGUAAAGUGUUUCUGUGCUUCACAGAGCAUGAGAACUGAUGAUUAUCUCUAUUAUCUCUGAGAUUGCCAAAGCUGACAAACUGACUGUAGAUCAGCACUACGACUCAUAAGUCUCCGCUGCUCUUAUUGAAACAUUUCUUUUAAGGAAGUAGUCGGUAGUCUUAAGCUGUUCCAAAAUGCACAAAGAAGGAUGAUUUAAAGGAUUUUUUUUCUGAAUGUUUACAUUUAAAUUGUGCUUUUAAAGGAGAAUCGUUUUAGCCUGUCAAGAUCUGGAUGUUGCACUAGUUAUGAUAGUAAUGAACGUGUGUUUAGGAAAUGAAGAACAUUUUUAUAAGAAAUUAUUCUGUGAAUUAUGCAGUUUUUUUGUCUUCACUGAAAUAAAUAAUUUGCUCUCCAUCCAUCA